CGGCUGCAUCCACUGCCUCAUCCACUGGGAUCUGUCUGCGUCACUGCCUUUUACGGUAUAUCGGAUGUUUGUAUUAAAAACGCAGGGCUGAGUCGCGUGUCUGACAAUCUUUUUUUUUCGGCUUCUUACCUUCGCUUCUCUAUCUCGGCAUUCCAACAGGGAGCUUACUUGCUUACACACCUACUUGCAUGUAGUCCCGCGACGACGAUCUCUCCGCGAAAAAGAGCUGCGGGGAUUGUAUAGUUGUGUUCGUCGCUGCAUGAAGCGGCAAACUUUUCUCCCGCAAAACUUUUCGCUGUAGGAGAGGUCGAAGAGAUGAUGAGGUCGGACGGCAACGAAAAUGUGGCUUACGCCGCCGACUAUGGUCAGGCCGAGGGCGAGUCCAAAGAGGAGCUCGAGCGGACCGCGUCGAAUCGCAUCGGGGAGAUGAACCUCGCGUCCGGACAUCAGCUUAAGAGGGGCUUGAAAAGUCGACAUAUCCAGUUUCUUGCUCUCGGAGGCGCAAUCGGAACCGGUCUGUUCAUCGGCUCGGGUCAGAUCCUCGCUACCGCGGGGCCGGCACCCUUGUUUAUGGCGUACUUGUCUAUGAUGCUCAUCGUGUGGGUUAUUAUGAAUGAUCUGGCUGAGAUGGUCACAUACCUACCCCUUAAGGGUAUUUCCAUCCCAUACUUCGUAGGCCGCUUCGUGGAACCUAGUCUCGCCUUCGCCGAUGGCUGGAACUACUGGUACGCAUACGCGAUGCUCGUCGCUGCGGAAUGCACCGCCGGCGGCAUCAUCCUACAAUACUGGACGACCGCCGUCCCAGUCGCCGUGUGGAUCGCGCUCCAACUAAUCGUAAUCCUACUCCUCAACAUCAUCGCCGUAUCCUUCUUCGGCGAAGCCGAAUUCUGGUUCGCAAGCGUCAAGCUCAUCACGAUCAUCGGCCUCAUCAUCCUCAGCAUCGUGCUCUUCUUCGGCGGCGGACCCAACCACGACCCGCUCUACUUCCGAUACUGGCAGGACCCACCCGGAGCCUUCGUCCCGUACCUCGUAUCCGGCAACACAGGCCGCUUCCUCGCAUACUGGACGGCCUUCGUGCGCGCCGGGUUCUCCUUCAUCACCUCCCCCGAACUAAUCGCCCUCUCGGCCGGCGAAACCGUAGCCCCGCGGCGCAACAUCCCCAAAGCAGCACGCCGCUUCGUCUGGCGGUUAGCCAUCUUCUACGGACUCGGCUCCCUCGCCAUCGGCGUCAUCGUCCCCAACGACGACAACCAGCUCCUGUCCGGCGACUCCAACGCGUCCGCCAGCCCAUACGUCAUCGGCAUCGCGCGCGCCGGAAUCAGCGGCUUAAACCACGUCAUCAACGCCGCGGUCCUGACCUCCGCCUGGUCCGCCGGAAACGCGUUCUGCUACUCCGGCUCUCGCGUGCUGUACUCCAUGGCAGUGAACGGCCAAGCCCCGCGCAUCUUCAGCCUCACAACACGGCGCGGCGUCCCUUGGGUCGCGGUCCUAGUCACCCUCGCCGUCGCCUGUCUGGCGUUCCUCAACGUCUCGAAUUCCGGGUCCCAGGUAUUCACCUGGUUCACGAACAUCUCGACGAUAUCGGGGUUCAUCGCCUGGAUCGUCAUCCUAGUCACAUACCUGCGUUUCCGGAAAGCCAUGGAAUACCACAACCAGCUGCACUCCCUGCCCUUCCGGACGCCUCUCCAGCCAGGCGCGACGUACGCCGCGCUGUUCCUCAUCUCCCUGCUCACGCUCACGAACGGGUUCCAAGUCUUCUUCCCGGAACACUGGAGCGCGUCGAGUUUCCUCGCGGCGUAUAUCACGAUUCCGGUGUUUCUGGUGCUGUAUUUUGGACAUAAGGUGGUGUAUCGCACCCGCUUUGCGAUUAGGGUUGAGGAUGUGGAUGUUUGGACGGGGAAGAAGGAGAUGGAUGAUAUGUCCGCGGCGGAUGUGGAGCCCGUGCCGAGGAAUUGGGUUGAGAAGGCUUGGUUUUGGCUUGCUUGAGGGAGGUGUAAGUGAUAGAGAGAUGUUAAGAAGGUAGGAAUGGCGUUUGUGGGAGGCCAUGGAUAGAUGAAUGAAAUGAUAUGAUUGUUGAAAAUGGUGGUUUUAUGGUGUGAGUCGUGGAGUUGGGGUGUCUAGAUCUUAGCGUAUUCCCCGCUAAUGUUUUUCAAAAGCGACAUCAGGAAACAAAAAACGUCGUACACAAUCUCGAUAAAUGCAGAAAGGUAAUAGAUACCAAUCUAUUCCUGAACUCCUAACUAUCAGCGAAUAAGUGUGGUUUUAUCAAAGCCGUUCAGCUGCGACGGGUCUUCCGACAGGGGUGGAGAUCGGAUGUCCCGUAGCGUCAAGAGCUGAGUUAAUGGCGUGCUAAUUAUCCACUUGACACGAUUUAAUCAUAUGGAUGUAUUCCACUAGAAGGCAUUUUCAUUAGACACUAGGUAGAUACUGGC